UUUGCAAAUUCCAAUCAGUCGCCAUCUUGUUCCUGUGACUGAGCAACGCUCGAGAAUAUGACAAGUGUCGCAGCUUUGGCUGGGAUACCCACUGCCACAGGAACUAAGCGUACAGCUGAAGAUUUACUUAAUAUGACAGGUCUUAUGGGCGACCAAAAAAAGGCAAGAUUUGAGAAUGCUCCAUCCAAAGUGAUCCACGUCAGAAAUGUACCAGCAGAUGCUGUCGAUACAGAGUUGCUUGCUUUGGGGCUGACAUUUGGGCGAGUUAAAAAUGUACUGCUCUUGAAGUCCAAGAAACCCCAUGAACCUACCCAGGUAAGGAUUAAUUUUGUACUUGUUAGAAUUUAAAGUACAGUAAUUCCCUUGAAAUUGUUCUACUAUCAAAGAUUUUUUGAAAAUUGGCAUAAGUAACAUUC